UAGAGCACAAUAUCAGUCAAGAAGGAAUUGAACUAUGGCGCACGAUACAUCAUCUGAUUCUGAAAAUGAAAUUAUUGGAGCACGGGCAAAGCUCUUUGGACAUGAAAAACCGAUUCAUGAAGUUCUUGGAGGAGGAAAAGUGGCAGAUAUGUUAUUAUGGAGGGACAGAUAUGUAUCAGGUGCGCUUUUGGGUGGGAUGACUGUGAUAUGGUUUCUAUUUGAGAUCGUUGAGUACAAUUUCGUGGCACUCCUUUGUCACAUUUCCAUCACCACCAUGCUUGUUCUAUUCAUAUGGUCCACGGUUGCAGAUAUAUUUAAAUGGAAAGGUCCCCAGAUCCCAAACAUUGUUUUACAGGAAUCUUUCUUCCAUGAUCUUGCUUCCAUCCUCCACAAAAGAUUUAACCAGUUAUUACCAAUGCUCCUCCACAUUUCAUGUGGAAUAGACCUGCCAAUCUUUCUUCUGAACAUUGUUUCUCUCUAUAUUCUGUCAGUGAUUGGAAGCUACUUCAGUUUUGUCAAUCUGCUAUAUAUUGGGUUUCUCUGCAUGCAAACGCUGCCAAUUGUGUAUGAACGGUAUGAGGAAGAAAUCAACAAUUGGGUCAGCGAUAUCAUAAUAGUUAUAAGGAAAAACUAUAGGAGGUUUAACAAGAACUACCUCAACAAAAUUCCCAGAGGACCAGUGAAGGCAAAGAAAACCCAAUAAACUAUUAUACUCAAACUUCUAAAUAUAAGAUAUACAUGAUGAUUUAUACAAGUUUCUUUCCAAGAAAACAAAUACCAAACAAUGUAUAAUUCUAUUUUUCAUACAUGUCCAAUUGUGUAAUUCAGAGGUGUUUACAUGGAUUGUGUGUGAGGAGUAGUUUAUUUUAUUUUACUUUUUCACUAAAAUACAAUUUUAAGUUUUCUUCACUAAAGAAGUGUGCGUGUGGUGUGGACGUUUGUGAAAAACGUUUCUCUCAAAAAUAUUCUCCAUCUUUUAAGUCCCUCAAA